GGCGCGUUGGUUCGUUGCAUCUGGUUACGUGACGGCAGGCGGGGGACCUGUACGCAGAAAAAAUCGCUCGAAAGCCGACCAGCCGUGAAAGCUGGUGGUGGACGCGACGACGCGGCUCGGCCCAUAUAGAAGUGCGUCGCGACGCGGACGUCAGUUUUGUCUUGCUGCCCUCCGGAUAUCGUUCAGCAUCAUGAGAUUCCUCUUUUUGAUCCUCGUCAUAACGCCGGCGCUAGGAACAAAAUUCCAUAGCCAUAUCCGGGAACGGAGACAAAAUCAUGCACAACCUAAUUAUCUAGGUUACAAUCAAGCGCCGGCGGCGAUCAAGCAAAUAUUAGCGGCCCAGCAGGCUCGCGAUCCGAUCGUACAUCUUCCUCCGCAGCCGAUACCGAAUCUGGGACCUUCCCAACCCAUCCAGCCUCAAUAUAUAAAACAAACUGACCUGACUCAGUAUCGGCCGAAAGUACAGAUCGGCCAACAACCUCAGCAGCCGACUUACAAGCAGAUUCCCGUACAACCGGCCAAGUACAAUCCACCGCCUUCAGCUCAACAGCAAUACAAUCCUCAACCAGCCCCCAUUCAACAGCAAUACAAUCCUCAACCAGCCCCCGUUCAACAACAAUACAAUCCUCAAUAUCGCACUAAUUAUGCACCGCAGCCAAAGCCGCAACAGCAAGUCGCCGAGCCUAAUUAUCAAUACUCCAGGAAUCUACCACCGGAACUUCAGCAGCUUGUGCAGAUUCAGCAGAACUUACCUAACUCGAUUCCGAAGGGACAACAGCACGGAUAAUCGAUUAUCUCAGAUAAGGUAUCAAAGCAACGAUAUCAAUUGAUAUCGUUACACUUCCAUAAAAUCACAUCAUUUCUUCAUUUCAUUCAUAAUCAACGUUCAAUUCACAAUCAAUAUUCGUAAUCAGACAGAAAGGCGAGGAUACAUACUUUGCAGUUUGUUAUUUGCCUUCGUAAAUAUUUUUUAUAAAUGUAUGUGUUAAAUUGAGAGAGAUAGAUUAAAUAUAAAUUUAUCAGUUUUUUAAAUCUUUCUAGGAAAAUAGAGAGAGACAAUUAUCUCUGUAAAGAAAUUAUUACUUCGUAUCCUAUUCAUCUCUAUUAACGAUUUCUUGAAUGGUCAUGUUUUUUCAUUCCACAUCAUUUUAUUUGCAUUGAUAUUUUCAUAAAUCGAUUUAUAUAAAUUAGAAUAUACAUUAUGUGAAAAACAUUGUAGAGAAAAAAAUCUGCACAAAAAUAAAUAUCACUCGAUUUUCUCGACUUAAACAUUACAUAA